GAUGUAUCCUAUGAUGUAUCAUUGUAAUUUGUAUGUUAUAAAGUCGACUAUUUACCUGUGUUGGAUUGGCUAGUGUCAGUAAACCUACAGGCUACAUUACUAUAUACAGUAUAUUGUAAUCACAGCUGUAGCCUGAUAGGCAGCAGAUAAAAGAGGUAAAGGUGGAGGACAUCAUCAGACUGUGCAGCAACAUAGCAAGAUAGAGGAGAUGAACAUUUAAGGUCGGAGUGCUGGUAGUAAUAGGAACCUAAAAGGAAGAGUAUCUCUAUAUCAUCAGAAUGAAUGCAGCUGCCUUCACCUUAGCAAUACUGGGCCUGCACUGGUGUAUGUGCACAAAUGGAGACAAUUCAUGGACAUUGAAAAAGCUGACUCAUAAGCCAAGGUCCCUCUCACAGGAACGCAUGAAAGAAUUAUCCGAUCUUUCUAAUCACGAUAGAUUGACUAAAGUGGAGCUAGCACCAAUGCUCAUGCCACGAGUUCCAGGAACUGCAGGCAACACCAAAUGUCAGCAGCAUAUUAUCAGUAGGUUGCAGAACCUAGACUGGGAAAUAGAAUUAGACGAAUUUGAGGAAAAUACUCCAUAUGGCACAAAACCAUUCACAAAUAUCAUUGCAACGUGGGAUCCACAUGCACCACGAAGACUCGUGUUGGCUUGCCACUUUGAUUCCAAGUACUUUAAGGAUUUUGAGUUUAUUGGAGCGACAGAUUCAGCGGUGCCGUGUGCGAUGAUAUUGGACCUUGCUUACACACUAGAUAAAUAUCUGAAGAAGGAGAGAAAACAGGCGCAGGACGUCACGCUGCAGCUGCUGUUCUUCGAUGGGGAGGAAGCGUUUCGUGAUUGGACGGACACGGACAGCAUUUACGGAGCGCGCCACCUGUCGCAGGCGAUGAAGAACAGGGUCCACCCCAUGAACAACGAGGACGGCACUAACCUACUGCACGGAAUUGACAUGCUAGUUCUCCUUGACCUUAUAGGAGCUGCUAAUCCUCGUUUCUCUAGUUAUUUUGAUGGCACAUCGAAGAUGUUUGAUCGCCUCAUCAGAAUAGAGAAAACACUGGCUAAGCAGGACUUGCUAGUUAGUCAUUCGAAGACAGCAAACCAGUAUUUUAACACGCGCCGACGAGGCCACAAUGGUAUAGCAGAGGAUGACCACAUUCCAUUCAUGAAAAAAGGCGUGCGCGUGCUGCACCUCAUUCCGAUGCCGUUCCCCGACGUCUGGCACACGCAGAGCGACGAUGGUCACCACGUCGACCACGACACCGUCGACAACCUCAACAAGAUCAUGCGCGUGUUUGUCGCCGAGUAUCUACACCUGCCCGUGUGAGGGCGCCACUGCACGUAGCGCUUGUGUGAGGGCGCCACCGCACGUAGCACCCGUGUGAGGGGGCGCCACUGCAUGUAGCGCCUGUGUGAGGGCGCCACCGUGCGUAGUGCCUGUGUGAAGGCGCCACCACACGUAGCCCUCGUGUGAGGGCGCCACCGCUCGUAGCGCCCGUGUGAGGGCACCACCUAGGGUAACGUUGACGUGAGGGCGCCAGCGCAGCUAAUGUUUAUGCGAGGGCAUCACCUAUUGUGUGAGGGCGCCACCACAUGCAAUGCAGCAUCCAUGCGAGGGAGCCACCUCAUGUAGCAACUGCAUGAGGGCGCCACCUCUUUAUUCUGCGCUGAGUGCAGGUGUCUCGCUCUCAAUGACUGUUUCAAGUUAGCAUUAAUAUUAACCAAACCAGUAAAGUUUAAUAUAUUAACCAAACUGGUUACCUUUAUAAACUGCCACAAUUUUUCCACCGUGUAGCUGGUGGUGUUUUUUAUAAUUAGUAACAUACUUAGAUCUUUAUCAAUGGGUUUCUUCCAGGUUAAGAUAUUAAAUAAUGUAUAUAAAGUAACGAAUUUUGAACUUUACUCUAGUAUCGGUGUUUGAUAACCAUUAGAUCAUCUAACAGAGACUGAAGAGUGUCUGAAUUUACGAAAAUCGUGCUUAUAAUAAUUUCAGCAAGCGGUGGCUGAAAUCGGUUUCCUAUUCUAAGAAAAGAGAGUGAUAUAAUGACAGUGAUAUAUUUGUGCUGGUGAGUGCGCGAUCUCAUCUUGGGUUAAGCAGCCACUACUGUGAUUUCACCUAGCUGUGCCCUGAUACUGAGUGCCUACGUUUGACAGGUGUUGCCACGGGUUACCAGCUGAGGAUGGCUAUGUAUAGAGUGUGGCCACUGGCCUGCUUUAACGCACUAUAGAUGGCGCCACUGAAGUUGAGGUUGAGAGUGGCGUUUAGGAAUGAACGGUGGCGUGUGAAGGUUUUAUUUAUACUUAAAGGUUUUCGUUUGCCUGUAAUAUAUAAAAUAGUAUCACUUAGUAGAGGUUUAAUUAUACUCUCACGUUGUAUGUCGACUAGUGGAAUAAUUCUUAUUAAAGGUACGGAGGGGUGGUGACAUGAAAACCAUGUGAUACAUUAUAUAUUUUUGAAUUUAUUUUUAACAAUAAAUCUUCGGUUGUUUUUGGAUCAUGGA